AUACUAGGUUUUGUCGAGUUGGGCUAAAAAGGACACACUGUGCUGGUGAAUUAAGACCAUUUACUCAACAGUGAAUUUUGGGCUUGUGAUCCCGUUGAUUCGGCCCAUAAAACGAUCUAGCUUUUCUCAUGAUGGGCCGAAUGGACCCUCGGCCUCGGGGGCCUUUUAGCCCAGCAGAAGGGUAGGGUUCACCGUCAAAACAAAAGCCUAUCAGUCCAAAACCCCGGUGCUAAAAAAAGUUUUUGGGAAGGAAGUCAGUCUUCCCCAAUUCCGGAAUUUUCUUCUAGGAAAUGAAGAGCGAAGCAGCUCCAAAGCAACCACUCUUCUGUCUAAAAUGGCCGUGGGACGCCGCCGAUCAGAAACACCCCAGAAGAAACUCGACCCCCUGCUCCUACGACGGUCCAUGGCUGUUCAAAUCACUCAACACCCUGAGCUCCAUCGCCAUCAAUUCCUUCAACACGAUUUCCAAUUCAUCGACCUCAUGGCCGAAUAGCAGUUUCAAUUCGGUCAAAUUGGGACCGGCGAAGGGGAACGUAAAGGCGCUGACGGCGGAAGAGCAGGGGGAGGCGGAGCAGAGAGCUUUCGCGUCGGCUCUGGCCAGUGGGAAACAGGCGACGGUGCUUGAAUUCUAUUCCCCCAAAUGUAAGCUCUGCAACUCGUUGGUCAAUUUCGUGACGGAGGUGGAGAAGCGGAACUCGGAUUGGGUCAGUGUCGUGAUGGCCGACGCAGAGAACGAGAAAUGGCUGCCUGAGCUGCUGCAUUAUGACAUAAAGUACGUACCUUGUUUUGUGAUGCUGGACAAGAAUGGAAAGGCGGUGGGGAAGACUGGAGUUCCCAGCAGUCGAUUGCAUGUGGUUGCUGCCAUUUCUCAUCUCCUCAAGCUCAGGCGUCCCCACUCUACCACCGCUAUCACUACGCCUUCUGGAACGGGAACACCAACUCAGCCACCAUAACUCUCUCUGACUCCCCUCUGUCAAGUAUAAGAUUCUUACCCAUGUGGUUAUGGUGGCGGGCCUUCUGUUUUGUUGUUGGCUAUAUUCACCACAAUGGCAAACAAAACAAAAGCAAGCAAGAAAGAAGCAGCCCCCCAAAUUUUUUUUUUUUUUUGCCUCUUAUGUAUAUUGAUCAUGUAAGACCCUCUUGUUCUUAUGCAGUUAAUGUAGGAUGUUAUUGAAUUGUGUUCUCAAACAGUAAUGACGAUUUUGACUUGACUUAUUCCAGUCUGCUAUCUGCUUCGAGAGAAACUGGAGCGAGAUUUUCCCUACUGGUUUUGCCUCGCACCAUUCUGUUCUUGUUCUGUUCGGUCUUCCUAUUAGAAUGGGUUGAUGUGCACUGAAGAUGCUUAGGCACAAAACGAUUAUAAAUAUUGAGGUACCAG